ACAGUGACAGAGACGUCAAGAUCUGAAACUUCGUAGAUUUUCAUCUUAUAAAUUAUCCAUUUACAGCUGAUUUGAAAUGUAAUUAGAGCACAGGUAGAUGAUACACUGUGUUAGGACUAUGGCUGAUAGGAAUGAUCCACUGGUAUCAUUUGUCAUACUUGUGCCAUCUCCUAUUAAAUAUGAUUUGAAUACAGAGUGAUAUUUUAAUAAAUAUGGAUGCAAUUGUGGCCAAAUGAAGUGAAAAAGUUGCCGUUUGCAAUGGAAGCCUCGAAUGAGCUUCUUAUGCAAGCUGUUUAUGAAAAAGAUGUGAAAUUGAUUAACUGUUGCCCAUCCAGAGGUAUCAACAUUAACAAAAUUUGCUCUAAUGGCAUGACCCUCCUAGGGGCUGCUGCACAAACUGGAAAUAUAUCAAUAUUGAAAGCAUUAAUAGAGCACCAUGGCCCCUCCUCGAAUCUGGAUUUUCAAAACGAAAAUAUCUCCAAACCACAAUACUUACAACUUGAAAAUGCAGCACCGAAAUCAUUCAAAAAUAUUGGAUACUUUGUAGUUUGUAGAGAUAUAGAAGAAAACGAGUUUGGAGAUGGGCCCACCCCUGAUGGAAUGGAAGCUCUUGAAUGGGAUAUGGAAGUUAGCGAAACACAUUUUUCACCAGAUGAUAACAGUCUUGAAGGAGAUGUGAACAAUAUGUACAAAUGGUAUGCCAAUAUACUGAACAGGACCUCUAUCAUGCUUGAAUCACCAGAUCGAGACGUUACUCGACUAGAUCGACAUGGCCAAAGUGUUCUACACUAUGCUGUCAAUUCAGGAAAUAUCGACAUGGUCGAAUAUCUUAUGUCCAUCUUCGGCAAAGAGUUGAGCAUUUACCAAAAUGACGCUUGCUGCUUCAGCCCGUUACACAUGGCAGCCGCAAAUGAAGAUUGUGAGAUGGUCAGGUGGUUGCUGAAGAAGGGAGCCACUGUCAAUGCAGUUGGAGGGAGGCAUAGACAAAGUGCCCUUCAUGUUGCUGCAAGAGGGGCUUAUCUUGGUGUUAUGAGGAUUUUGAUUGAAGCAGGAGCUGAUAUUAAUGUAGUAGAUUUGGAUGAACAUUCUCCACUAACACUAGCUGUUCGUAAUGGAAACCCAGAAACUGUCAGAUAUCUGAUAAAAAAAGGUGCUAGAGUAAACCAUGAGGAGCCAGGUGCAGUAACAUCAUUACGGUUGGCAGUUUGGGCAAAUAAUGCUCCUCUGGUCAAGGUGCUGUUAGAGGGAGGAACCAGAAUAAUACAUUCCCAUCAUUUGCUUCAUUCUGCAGUUUCAAACAAUAAUUUGGAAAUGGUACAAAUGCUCCUAGAAGGGGGAGCCAUGUUGAAUGCAAGAGACGAUCAGGGUCAUACACCACUCAUGUUGUCUUGUUCUAGAAAAAAUUUGGCUAUAGCUAGAUACCUUCUCUCAUGCGGUGCAGACGUCAAUGCGGCCAGCCUCAUCGAUGGCAAAACAGCCCUCCACAUCUGUGUCCAAGAUGUUCGCGAAGCGAGGAGCGUCCAGCAGCUGAUAGAACUCCUGGUAAGCAAAGGAGCCGACAUGAACGCUCCCAGCUACCAGGGAAAUGUCCUGUUUUACUCCAUCAUUCUGGAGAACCGGAGUGCAGCUGUAGCUCUGAUACAGCAUGGAGCAGACGUCAAUGUUAGAGACGAACGUGCCUACGUUGACAACCUCAGUCUAGCGAAACGUCACGGAAACCUGGAUCUAGUCAGGAUAAUAGUUUAUAGCGGUUUCAGGAUGUCGGAAAUGAUCUGGGACCCGCGAGCAUUACGUAGUCGGUCUUCUGACCCCACCUGUGAUUUUCUAGUUCAUGUCAAGACGAAUCCUUUGAACUUGCGUGAGCUGUGUAGGAUCAGCAUUCGGAAGCGAAUCGGGACCAAAGAAUUACUCGAGCGAAUUUCGACACUGCCUUUACCUCCGAUUUUACUUAGAUAUUUGACGUUAGAGAUACUGUAGAAGCAAAGAAUGUAAACUUUCAUGGUCGAAACUAUUUUCUGGGUUUAUUGGCCGAGAGUUUACAGGUUUUUAUGCCUGAAGUUUCGGUAAAAACUGCGGUAGACAUUAUUAAAGGUGAUGAGGUAACUGUCGCAGUGCUCUAGUCUUUCUCAUAGCAUAUAUUACAUCAUUCGGGAAUCAGGUUGAUUGUCCUUCUACAUGUAUCUUUUUUGUAAUUUUUUUUUUCAUUUCUGUGAGAACAACUAGGGCGCAGAAUCUGUUGCCUCAAUGCCUUUGAUAAUGUAUAUCACAGUUGUAGACGGAAUGUCAGGCAUGAAAAUUCGAGGACCAAGGCUAACAAACCUGGAAACAAACUUUGACACAGUAUUGUAGACGCGUUUAUGAUCUCGGGGGAAUUCCCGUUUUAUUUGAAUUCUAGUCAUUCAGUAUUAGGAGUUUUUGUUUUGUAUCCAACAGGAUGUUUAUAUUGUUACGUAUCUGAGAUUUUUGAUUAAAGUGGUACACAUUUUCUUCAGUCAAGAUAGCUUUAUAAAAAAAAAGGUUUUUACUGUAAGAAAGGAUGUGAAAUGUCGUUAUGUUUAAUUGGUAUAUAAUAUGGGUUCGAUCUCUGCCCUAGUAUGCAAAUCAAAUGGUAAGACCUCGUUAAUCCUUAAGUCUCAACUUGGUAGUUGGUAGAGCGGUUUCUCGACGCAUGUUUCGGUAAUGAAGUAAACAUCAGGAGAUAACUAAAUGUUAAUUUUUUGCCUCUUCAGCUUAUAUGGUGUCGUUAAACGAAUUCAAAUUGAACCUAAGCGCCGUCGAAGCAGCCUAUAAAAUGAAUCAGGCAUUUGGCAAUGAUAGUUGAACGAACUGUUCAUCGUUGGUUUGCUGAAUUUCAUUCCGGAGAUUGCAGUCUCAAAGAUAAGCUCUGAACUGGUCGACCUACAGUAAUCAAGGACGAGGAUCUGAGGACCCUGGUGGAAACUCGCAUGUGGUUUUUGAUGGUUUUAAACGUAUUGGAAAGGUCAAAAAACCCUAAAAGUGGGUGUCCCCGAUUCAAACGAUCAACAGAAAUUGUCCCAGUUCGAGGUCUGUUCUUUGCUUUUGCGCAUCCAAAAAGUCCUUUUUUGGAUCAGAUCAUCACUUGUCAUGAAAAGAGGAUCUUCUACUCCAACAUGAGACGUUCAGAACAAUGGUUGGGCACUGAUGAGGGGUGUCCCCCGAUUUAAACGAACAACAGAAAUUUUCCCGUUUCAAGAUCUGUUCUUCUUUGCUGUUGCGCAUCCAAAAAGUCCCUUUUUUAAAUCGGAUCGUUACGUGUCAUGAAAAGUGGAUCCUCUACUUCUCAAAGGCAUAAACCCACCAAAAAAGAUCAUGGUAAGUGUAUGAUGGUCAGCGGUUGAUGUGGUUUAAUAACUUUUUGCAUCAGGGCCAAACCAUCACAGCAGAGUCCUAUUGUAAGGAAAUCGACGAAAUGUUCCAAAAAUUUCGUUAGCAGCCGUCGGAACUAGUCAACAACGCCCUUCUGCACGUUUCACAAUUAAUAGUGAGUUUCGCUUCAGAAAUCUAUGAAAUCAAUAACUGUUUAAAUUAAAUAAACCUCACUAUAUGAUUUAUUUCGAGAUCUAGGUAGGAAAGUAUGAAGUGUUUGGAAAUUUCUAGAUAACAUUCAAGACCAAUUAUAAUUGAGUUUGUUCCAAUUAUAAUUACAACUGAGACAGUUAAAAAAAAAGUUAUAAGCCAGAUUUGUAACAAUAUAAAUGUUUAUGUUAAUCGAUAUGAUGAUAUUGUUUUAUGUUAUCGCCAAAUUAUGAGCUUUAUCAUGUGUAUUUGGACUUCAGAUAUUACUGUUACACUUUUGGGUUUUGUAGAACUGUUUAAGAACUAACAACUUCGAUAUUCAGAUACUACAACUAUUCAAAAUUAGUAUCUGGUAUCAAGCUUGGACACUUGUUGGAUUGUUGUCCAAGAAUGUAUUAUUGAUGGAGCUUCGGCUAGUACCUGAAAUUUUUUUUUAAAUAUAUAUUUUGUAGAUAGUUUCGGUUUUCAAAGCGCUUCCCACACAACAUUUCAUGUAAAUUCUUCAAUCCAUUUUUUUCGCCAGAAGAAAAUCGUCGAGAACCCUAAACACUACUUACUUUCAUGCCUGUCACCAACAAACUAAACAGCUGAAACUGUGAACAACUGUUCGAAACUAGUGUACCAACAUAAAAAACGGUUGGGACCGGCGGUAAAAAGAUAAGACCUUGUGUGACGACAGCUGGUUUACAGAAAAACAGACAUUACCAGUUGUAUUCAACUUUGGCUUUACUUUCUGAUAUGAAAAACAAAAUACAAGGUAUAGAUGACUAGGUGAUUUUUUUCUUUGACAAAAAAAAUGGGUUUUCACCAGUAAUUCAUCAGGAUGAAUUGAAAGUUUGCUUUUCUAUUCUAUCCUUUUAUUUGUUCAGUUGUGAGGAUGAUGAAAAGUAAGUCAUGUACAAAUUUCGAGUUUUUUCCAAUAAUUGAUUGUUCUUGAACAUUCAGAGAACGAUUCCAAAAACCCAAAAAUGUAAUUAUUGUUUGUAUUUAUCCAAAUACACUUACAGCAAGUUAUUGAGUCACAUUUUCUAGGAGGUUAUUUGAAUAUAUGUAUUCAAAUGACUGUAUUAAUUUGUUUUGAUUUACAUAAUUGAAUUUUGUAUUUUGUAGUUACCAAAAAACUAACUGAAAAGUGUAAACUGUCUGGAAGAGAGAUGAAAGCUUUAAAAUAUAUAGAAAGAGAAGUUUAUAGAAGUUUUA